AUGGCACAUCUAGUAGCUUCAUUCAAUCGCCUUGAUCGAUCAAAGCAGCUUCCAUCAGGUCUUCUUAAAAAUCACUGGUACUUCACUAUCAUCAAUACCGAGAGCCGCUUCCAAAUCACCACCGAUCGAACGCAGAUCCUAUCUUUGCCAACCGACGCUGCGCAAACCGAUGUUAUUGUACCACUUCUUCUUGGAACAUUCGUCAAAGGGCUCCAUCGUGGCUCAGAUAUAUUACCUGACGAUGUCCCACCCUUUGCUCCGUUCUCAUGGGGAACGAGAAGUCCGGACCUUGCCCGAGCUAUCGAGGUCAAGCUCCGAGCUUUAGGAGUGCGGUUAGAUCUCUGUACCGUACAGCCUGGGACUAAGGAACAAGGUGAAGUUGCUGAUGAGAGCUGGAUCAAAGUUAUGGACUUAGUGACCAACACACUCGGGACAGCGUUACCUCAACAGGCAAGUCAAGGCAGGUGCUGGUUUGAUGAAAUGUUUCCGGUGCAACAAUCAAUCUUACUGCUCCCGGAGUGCCAGAGAAGCGACUGGAAGGAGCACAAGAAGGCUUGUGGUGAAAGAAGCAGAACAUCCAAUGGUCAACAGUCCUCUUCAAUGUCCGGUCAAGCAUUGGAGCCUUCCGACUAUUACCACAGAGUGGCACGUACCAUUCCCGAAGCAAAGGUUCUUGCAGAUUCCAUUAACUUGCCUCUUCCACCUAGAGGUGGCGGCCUUUCUAAACCCAUCCGCCGCCUUGUCAUAACCGGUAAGGACACAACCCAGAACCUCCGACUCCUCCUCGGGCCCAACUGGCAAAGCGCAUCUUCCACAUGGAGCGAAGCUCGCAUUGAAAUUCUUCUCGAUGCACCCAUCGGCUCACCUAGCUACGCCUUCCACAAACGCAACGAUGAGGGAGGUCUUGUGUCUAGUCCACGAUCCGCAAGCGUAGAUGAGACAGCUAGGAUACAAACGGUUCGUGAGAUCCAGCAGGCUAUUCGAACACGUUUGGGAACGAGAAGACAACCCACCACCCAGGACAUGAAGGCUGUUCUUCUGACAUUUGGCAACAAUUGGGGUGCGAUGCUUCCGGAUUAUAACUUGGCGGUUAACACGAUGGAUCAGGGGGUUCCAGUGCGUUGGGGGUCUGGCUUCGAUUGCUGA